UAUUUUGUAAACAUUUCUCUCGUUUUUGCAAUUUUCGGAAAGAACGUUAUAUACAUGAAUACUGGCCAAAAUGAAGAACUUUUCGUUAGCAGACAUACCGGAGUUCUCUAAAAAAGAGCGCAUCGUGGUAGUUGGGAUAAUAGGCAAGUCCCCAUAUCGGUACCCAAAUAAAACCACACCGCUCUUUUCUUCAUCGGCAACUGAAGAGAAUGGCAUUCAAUGCCAAUGGGAUGAGCGCCACAAUACGCUAUUCCUUCACGCCAUCACAUACCUGGACACCAAGCAGCUGGCCACUCUCACAGCCAGCCUCAAUGAGAACUCCAAUUCAACGGAGAAGGAUGCCGAUGCUUCCCACUGGCUCGUGGCGGCUGGAGAGCUGACAGCGGAGGCCUGCAAGGCUAUGGCGCUGAUGUUCCAUCUGUGCCACAUUGUGGUGCUGUCGUCUCCUACUCCGGUGUUUGAUCUUGGAUAUCUGCAGUUGUUUAAAGCUAUUGAUGCUUAUAGGACUGAGCUGGCCCCUCGCACCUCAGCCGCCGUAUCCUUCCUCGGCGGCGCUUGGGAGGCACACGGGCGCUCCUGCUGCCCGCGCCUCCUCUUCCACUUCCGUAGGGCUCCACGGGCCUUAGCAAGGAACCCUGCCGGCUUGAAGCGGCUUGAACACGCGGUGGAAGACCAGUUGUACUUCAUACUGAGGAAAGCGCGCAUCAUCACCAAUGUCUGUGCCAAAUCCCUCUUCGCCAUCCCGAAGAAUGAAGAGUUCGUAUACAUGAGCGCGGAAGAAGCCCCCUGCGCGCGCGACGUCAGCGCGCUAGUUCGCGGCCUCGUGCGGCGCUGCGCCGGCGUCGAACCUAUAGACAACCGGCCUGAGAGAGGAGGGCUUAGACAGUUCAUACAGGGUCAUGUUGAUUUGGCGUUUGGGGAAGGAUUUGACGAUAAUGUUGGGAAAUAUGCGAUGAGCACUUCUUUCUUUGAGCUGCCAGCGGCAUCGACUUGGCGCUCCGCGGCGCAGGCGUUAGCGCCACUGUAUCUGGAGUCCCCGGCUGCCGAGGGCGGAGCCCUACACGACUCCCUCGCUACAGAUGUUCGGUUCUCGCAUGCCCGAUGUGCUAAGGUCUUACCCAUCGCGCAAGCGUCAUACGCCGAGGGUUUACCGGCGCACUACUCCAGCCAACACCACGCGCACAAGGUGAGCGUGGCGCUAGGCGUGCUGCACACGAUGGCCCGCGGUCCCGUAGCAGGGGCAGCGGAGGCGCGCCUGCGGGCCGCCUGCACGGCCGCCUGGCGCUCCCGGUCCCUGUGCGAGGCGCCCUCGCUCACCGCCCAUCCCUGCAUACAUCCCGAGCAUGACAACUCAAAAGAGCACUCAUCAGGCGUCCGCUACAUCAGCGCGUGCAACUGCGGUCGCAGCAAGUGCUCCCGCGACGACCCGUACACAGUGAAAGCGGCCAACUGCACGUUCUACACCACCGCGGCCGUGGAGUGCGGAGUCUGUAGCACUCUGACGUCUGUGGCGUUCCCCGUGUUCACCCCUUCCACGCCUACCUACAGGUACAGUUACAGCAUGUGCUCACGCGACGACCCGUACACAGUGAAAGCGGCCAACUGCACGUUCUACACCACCGCGGCCGUGGAGUGCGGAGUCUGUAGCACUCUGACGUCUGUGGCGUUCCCCGUGUUCACCCCUUCCACGCCUACCUACAGGUACAGUUACAGCAUGUGCUCACGCGACGACCCGUACACAGUGAAAGCGGCCAACUGCACGUUCUACACCACCGCGGCCGUGGAGUGCGGAGUCUGUAGCACUCUGACGUCUGUGGCGUUCCCCGUGUUCACCCCUUCCACGCCUACCUACAGGUACAGUUACAGCAUGUGCUCACGCGACGACCCGUACACAGUGAAAGCGGCCAACUGCACGUUCUACACCACCGCGGCCGUGGAGUCCGGAGUCUGUAGCACUCUGACGUCUGUGGCGUUCCCCGUGUUCACCCCUUCCACGCCUACCUACAGGUACAGUUACAGCAUGUGCUCACGCGACGACCCGUACACAGUGAAAGCGGCCAACUGCACGUUCUACACCACCGCGGCCGUGGAGUGCGGAGUCUGUAGCACUCUGACGUCUGUGGCGUUCCCCGUGUUCACCCCUUCCACGCCUACCUACAGGUACAGUUACAGCAUGUGCUCACGCGACGACCCGUACACAGUGAAAGCGGCCAACUGCACGUUCUACACCACCGCGGCCGUGGAGUGCGGAGUCUGUAGCACUCUGACGUCUGUGGCGUUCCCCGUGUUCACCCCUUCCACGCCUACCUACAGGUACAGUUACAGCAUGUGCUCACGCGACGACCCGUACACAGUGAAAGCGGCCAACUGCACGUUCUACACCACCGUGGCCGUGGAGUACAGUUACAGCAUGUGCUCACGCGACGACCCGUACACAGUGAAAGCGGCCAACUGCACGUUCUACACCACCGCGGCCGUGGAGUCCGGAGUCUGUAGCACUCUGACGUCUGUGGCGUUCCCCGUGUUCACCCCCUCCACGCCUACCUACAGGUACAGUUACAGCAAGUGCUCACGCGACGACCCGUACACAGUGAAAGCGGCCAACUGCACGUUCUACACCACCGCGGCCGUGGAGUGCGGAGUCUGUAGCACUCUGACGUCUGUGGCGUUCCCCGUGUUCACCCCUUCCACGCCUACCUACAGGUACAGUUACAGCAUGUGCUCACGCGACGACCCGUACACAGUGAAAGCGGCCAACUGCACGUUCUACACCACCGCGGCCGUGGAGUCCGGAGUCUGUAGCACUCUGACGUCUGUGGCGUUCCCCGUGUUCACCCCCUCCACGCCUACCUACAGGUACAGUUACAGCAAGUGCUCACGCGACGACCCGUACACAGUGAAAGCGGCCAACUGCACGUUCUACACCACCGCGGCCGUGGAGUGCGGAGUCUGUAGCACUCUGACGUCUGUGGCGUUCCCCGUGUUCACCCCUUCCACGCCUACCUACAGGUACAGUUACAGCAUGUGCUCACGCGACGACCCGUACACAGUGAAAGCGGCCAACUGCACGUUCUACACCACCGCGGCCGUGGAGUGCGGAGUCUGUAGCACUCUGACGUCUGUGGCGUUCCCCGUGUUCACCCCCUCCACGCCCACCUACAGGGCUGCAUCAGUGAAAGCGGGUUCUCAAGAGGCGGAGCUCGAGCCUCGGGCUUCCGACGGCAACUCGGGGUGCUCCGGCUGGUCGGCGGGCGACGCGCUGUCCCCCGGCUCCGGGGAAGAGGAGUCCGGCCCGCAGUACCUGGUGCCCGCCCGGGAUAACGAAAAAGUGAUAACCCGCCAACCGUCAACCACGGAGUACCUCCCCGGAAUGCUGCACACGGCCUCCCCCCAAGGCCUACUACCAGCGUUCUCCUCCUGGUCCCUGGUCUGCCUCGGAGCCUCCUCGCUGUACUCGCACAGCCUGGGCCUGCCCGAGCACCUGCAGCCCGGGCUGCUGCCGCACACCAACUACCUGCUGCCCUGGGACGCCAGAGUGCGUAUGGAGCAAGUAAGCGCAUGGCGAGCUGCGCAAGCGUCUGCGCGCGGGCGCGGAAAAGCCACCGCACCGCAUCACCUUACCGUCAAAAUAUUUCUGGGUUUUGAAUACGAGUGUCCCCGUGGCCACAGGUUCAUGAUGUCGUCGCCCGACACCGUCGUGAACGGCGGCGGCGGCGCGUGCGGCCGCGACGCCGGCGCCGCGGGCGCGCGGCUAGCCGCCUCCGACAUGCCGCUCUACUCGCCGUGUCUAUGCCGAGGCACUAACACUAUGCUGGCUCAGCUUAUGAGAGUACAUGUUGUCACUCCGAAGGCACCGGUGCAUGUCACUUUAGACCCUAAGGUCCAACCAGUGACGGGCGGGCCGAUCUUCGUCCCCGAACCGGCCGGUUCCGAGCCUAUAGAGCUCUCGGGUUCCGCCUACUGGGUGCUCCGCCUCCCCUACAUAUACGCCGACGAGCGCGGGCCUCUCCCUCGGCCUCGGCAGGCCUCGGGGCUGCUGCUGGCGCCGCUGCUGGGCCUGAGGGAGUAGACACAGGUUGGAGAAGUUGGAAAAGAUAAGAAUCCAGCGAAGCAGAGGUUGCCUGCCGCCUAUUACGGAUCUAGGCGGUACCGGCAGUCGGAGAGGGUGCCUUACCCUGCCUAGAUGGUCUCUGCUGUCAUCAUCAUAAGUCCAUAUACGUCCUACAGGGCAGAGUUAAAUCAUGGACGAGAAACCAGUGUUUAUUUAUUUAUUGAGAAGUUCAACAGCGUUUACAUUAAAUAAUAUACAAAAAACGAGCGCUGGUAGCCUAGCGGUAAGAACGUGUGACUUUCAAUCCGGAGGUCGCAGGUUCAAACCCCGGCUCGUACCAAUGAGUUUUUCGGAACUUAUGUACGAAAUAUCAUUUAAUAUUUACCAGUCGCUUUUCGGUGAAGGAAAACAUCGUGAGGAAACCGGGCUAAUCCUAACAAGGGCUAUUUCCCCCACCGGGUUGGAAGGUCAGAUGGCAGUCGCUUUCGUAAAAA